AUGGCGGACGAGCUUGGCGGCACCAACUACCAACCUGUUUCGAAAGCGGACCUGAUCCGUAGCAAGGGCUACCAAUGCCAGGAGUUCGAAGUCACCACGCAGGACAGCUACGUGCUGUCGAUGCAACGCAUCCCGCACGGCCGGUGGGUCAGCCUCUUUCCUCCUACUCGGAGCCGAAGGCCACCCGUGAUUCUAGUGCACGGAUUCCUCUCUUCGGCUGUCGAGUGGGUCAUCAACUACCCGCACCAAAGCCUAGGUUUUCUCCUUGCGGAUGCCGGUUACGAUGUAUGGCUGGCAAACCUUAGAGGAACGCCGUAUGCACGCCAACACCUUCAUCUCACCGAUGAAGAUACGAAAUACUGGAACUUCGGGCUCGACGAAGUGGGCCUCUACGACAUUCCGGCGCUGGUAGACUACGUGCUCACCUUGACGGGAUGGAGCGAGCUUUUCUACGUGGGGUUCUCGCAGGCCAACGCGGCCGCGUGGGUCACACUCUCCGAGAAGCCGGAAUACAACGCCAAGAUGCGGCUUUUGCUGGCUCUGGCACCAAUCGGCAACGUGACUCACCUGAGGAGCCCCGCCAGGCACAUCACGCCGUGGUCUCCCCUUCUUACGGCUGGGUACCCCAUGGCCCUGCUGAUGAGUGUCUCGGAAAAGCUUGUGGUGAUCCUCACCAGAGGGAGGGCAGGACGUGACGCCCAAGACAAGGGACCUCAUGCGGCGCUGGUGACGCUGAACCGCGGCCGAGUCCUGGUGCGCGAGCCCAGCCACCGGUACGCGUCGUACACCCUGUGCGACACCACGACGCACAUGCGCUACCUGUGCUCGACGCCCGGGUUCCACUUCCUCGGCGUCAACCACGCGCAGCUGAACCUGACAAGGUUACCGGUAUACAUGGCCCACUACCCGUCUGGCGCUUCGCAGAAGAACAUGGAACAGUUCUUUCAGAUUAGGAGAGCGAAGCAAUUCCGCAAGUACAGCUACGGUGCAUGGGGCAACCUGAAACUCUACGGUCAGCCCGUCGCACCAACAUAUGACUUGUCGCGCGUCAGGGUGCCUGUGGCCAUGUUCUCCAGCCUGGCUGACUACCUGGCGCCGCCCGAAGACGUGGCCGCUCUCCGUGCCAACCUCCGGCACGUGCUGGUCUACGACUACGUAGUGCCGGACCCAAACUUCUCUCACCUGGACUUCGUGCUCGGCUUCCGCGUCUACGAGAUCCUGUACAAGCCCAUGCUAGAGCUAUUGGACGUGUGGAGUCGGGACUACCUCGUCGUGUAA